CCCACAAUUAAAAAGUCCAUAUCCCCUACGGACAAAAAACAAGACUCACUAAAAACUUUAAAACAAGCGAAUUAAAACGGACGGCUGCUGGCUAGCAGCCGUUCCCCAAGAUGGCUCCUCCUUGAUGAAUGGGCAUUAAAGUGCAGUGCCCAUUUCAUCAGUAGAUUAGUUAGUCAUACAGUGUGGGGAAAAUGUCCUUCGCCCAACUUGCCCAUGCCGAAUAACAUGUCAACACUAGUCCCACUUGCCUGCCUUUUAGCCCAUAUUACUCUAAACCCGUCCUAUCCAUGUGCCUAUCUCAUUGUUUCUUAAAUGUUGCGAUAGUCCCUAACUCAACUACCUCCUCUGGCAGCUUGUUCCAUACACCCACCACCCUCUGUGCCGCUUUCUCAAGGGCCUUGAGUGCUUCACAGAUGGAAGUUACGGUUUGAUACUUAUAAUAAUCCUCAUUUUAGAUCAUGUCUCCUUAGAGUAGUGAUUGCACUAUCAUUGUGUACCUGUAAAUUAACUAGUUUAGAGAUACAGCACAAAAACAGGCCCUUCAGUCCACCGAGUCUGCAACAACGCGAUACCAGUACUCUAAGGGCAAUUUACAAUCUAGCGAAGCCAAUUAACCUCUAAACCAGGUCUUUGGAGUGUGGGUGGAAACCGGAGCACCCAGAGAAAACACACGCGGUUACGGGGAGAACGUGCAAAUUCCAUACAGACAGCACCCGUUGUCAGGAUUGAACCGGGUUCUGGCGCUGUAAAGCAGCAACUCUGCCACUGGGCCGCGCCCUAGAAAUCUUGGAGAAAUCGCACUUUGUGAACAAUUUAUGCUAUCCUGCAAUUUGACUAGCCGACUUUUAAAAUCAAGAACUGGCGCUGCUGUAUCGGCCAACUAUUUUGAUCAAUGUAUUACUGCUAACAGAUUAUAAUAUUCUUGCUGGCAUGGAAGCUUUUAGUUUUUGCCUGUUAUAUUUGGGAUUAUACCACUGUAAGUAGGUAUGUUACAAAACCUACCUGAAUCGUGGCUGAGCAUCUGCCCUACCCCGUGUGUGUGAUUUUGGCGCUGUUUAGAGGGGGCGGGUUUAAAACACGAUUUUUACUAGGCUGUUCCAAUCGAAAAUGUUCAGCCUAGUAAAUCAUUAACAGAAAAUCGCUGAAAGACCCCGUCGCAAAAGGUAUUAUUAGUUUUUAUGGCCUUGUAUAAUAGUUAUAGUAGUUUAAAAAUCACUCUCUCAACCCGCAACCUCUCGCAGCCCCAGGGUUUUAUAAAGCAAACAAUUAAAGGUAUGUACCUUAUUUUUACAUUAAAUGGGGCUUGUAUAUAACCCUGUUAUUAAAGAUUUCUAUAGCGAGUAGUUCAUUUUGGGCUCUUUAUAUCCCGCAGUAUUUUUCUGGGCACUUGAGGGCACAAAUCCAGCGCAAUGUGAACGUUCUAAACCAGCGCAUUCACAGGAACCCACUAGAAAGCCGAUUUUAAUUGACUUUAAUUUACAGCAAAUGAACACUAAAUUCCUUCUAUUUGGCCUAUAAAUUGAUGUAAAUGAGAUUUAAAAAUCAUGUUUUAUUGUGAAUUAUUUGUGAAUAUUAUUUGGACACUUGGGCUAUUUAAAAAUGUUAAUCAUUUAUUAAGAAAUGGAUAGAUGUUUAGAUCUAGUUAUUGAAGUUUGAAAUUAGCUACAAUUGGGUAACUAACUAAUUAUAUGCUUUAAUUUCAGGUCAUCCAAGUAAGAUUAUUUAUAUUUGUUUCAGAAUGCUUCAAUCUAUGAUAACUGAAAAUUUCAUUCAGUUCUCUUAAUUUUUAAGAAGCUUAUGGGUUUUUGACUGUCCACGAUCACAGCUUUUUUGUUAUGUCCAUAGAAAAUCAAUAGGGAACAAGGUGCUAAUUUCCGAGGCUGAAAAUAGCCAUAACUUUUUUAUUACUUGAGAUAUGAAAGUGAAUUAGGUGUCAAAUUAUACUUAUUGUUAUGCUUUAUCUGAUGGGAUAAAUUGCAGACUUGAUUUUUUAAAUCUCAAAAUUUUGUAACAUUGCUACUGUAAGGCAGCAACUCUACCCCUGCGUCACCGUGCUGCACACAUUUUGCACAAAAAAAUUGCAGCCUCACCAAAGUUUAAAAACCGAUAUGACUUCCUGAUUGUUUAAGAAGGAACUGCAGAUACUGGAAAAUCGAAGGUAGACAAAAAUGCUGGAGAAACUCAAUGGGUGAGGAAGCAUUUAUGGAGCGAUUGAAAUAGGCAACGCUUCGGGCCGAAACCCUUCUUCAGAAGUCAUUCCUGAUUCUUGCAUUCAAUGCCCCGUUGUUAUGUUUCUGUACUGUGAAUUCCAUGCAAUCCAAAGCAAAGAUCCUAUAGCGGAGCCGCUAUAGGAUCUUUGAUCUAAAGAUGCAAUCUGCACGCGUUUGGAAGAGAGGGAGAGUCAGUUUGAUUGGUGGGAGGGAGAAGAUCCGCUCCGUCUAUGAUCUUUGGCAGCGACAGCGAGCUCCGGGACUGCAUGUAACCACUCCUCCCUCCACCAAAGAUCUUAUAGCAGAGCUGCUCUAAGAUCUUUGCUCUCCACUGUCUCCAGCCCAGCGUGCUCUGUGAUCGCCGAUGAUGGUUGAAGACGGGUUGCAAACAGAACGGACUACGAGUGCCCCGCUGUUGCCGGAGAAGCGGAUAAUGAAUGAUAGCGGAUUGUACCGGUUGCUGGGGGCUCUCUAUCCCCGCGUAACUUCCAUAGAGACGUUCAUUUCCCAGAUCGACCAUGUUGCACCACCAGUUUUAGUGGAGGCGGCUGAUACCGACAACUAUAAACGUUUUAUCUCCCAACUCACCGUGUGCGUCCCCGGGGAAGCAAAGCCUCUGUGGCAGCCGGUCACAUUUCAGCAGUUAUCUGCACAAAGUGAUGUGGUAAUGAGAGUUAUCCAACGGAUUUGUGAAAAAAGGAAAAGAAAUGUGCUAAGUUUUGGCUACAGCAAUGCAACUGAAGCAAGUUUCAUCCCUGUGAGAUCUACUCCGAAUGUACGUAGUUACCAAAUAAACACCACCACGUCUAUUAUCAAGACCAGUGUGCUGUGGAAAACACUGGUGAGCAGGAUUGGGGAUGAUGUCAUGAUGUAUCUGCUGGAGCACUGCUCCCUCUUUAGGCUAGUCCCACCAAGCUGCUGCUUUCAGCUAUGUGGAGUGCCCAUUUAUACUCUCUUUCCAGGUGGUAGUCAACUCCAGUCUACCUGGCUUAGGCAGAGGCCAGUUCAAUAUCGGCCCUGCCUCGCACUAAGGAAUGCUCAAAUGAAACUCGGCUUUUACAAGGAAUUUCUUUCAAAGAGGAGGAAAUGGAAGGAAAGAUUAUCAAGAGCUGGAAAUCUAUUAGCAAAAGGACCACUCGGUGCAGAGCCCACUAAGCAUAAAGUUAGAAAAGCACCUCAUGUUCCUCGAUGCAAGUCUGUAAAAAGGGCCAGACUUGAAGUUGAUAUUGGAAGAUGGACAUUAAAGGAUGUAGGCAUGAAAGAUGGUCGGUCGCGAAAACGAUUUUUGGAUGAUGACAGAGUGGAGGCUUCUGCAAAGAGAUUAAAAGUAAGACAGCUGGUGGAAAAUAAAGUAACAGAACAUGAAGGAUUGCUUGUGGAAGGUAAACCACGCGAGUCUCCACAAGCAAGUGGGCAAUCUGGUGGUAUAAUUGAUCAGUCAUUCGAAGGAGUCAUUGAAUGGAAUGGAGAUUAUAGUAAUAAUGAAUGUACAGCAAAGGAUCACAAAUUCACUUCACUGAAGAGCAGAGUGGAGGGAAAUAUCAGUGCAGCCUGGAAAAGGCAGGAUCUAGGGAAUGAUGCCAAGAGGCAGGAGCUGACUGAAAGCGAAACAAAUCAAUAUUUCAUGUGUGGUGCAGGAAUUCUGUCGACUCUAGAUUCAGCAUUCGCAGGGCUGCAGGAUACAAAUACAUCGACGUAUCACAAAUGCGGAAAGAGUUGUGAUCAUGUCACAGUUGAAAUUGGAGAAUGGGCUGAAUGUAAGGAAAUAGAUUGCGUAAGAAGAAAAAAGUCUAAGCAAAAUGGCAGAGAAACAAGCAGAACUCUGAGCACAAACAACAACAGCAGAGAGAACACUUAUUGGAAAAAUGCCAGGAAAACUGGACAGUGCCACACAGAGUUUGGUGGUUUCGUAAAGCCCAUGUCAUCACUACAUUCAUUUAAACAUGCUCCGGCAAUCAAGAAAAGACCAUGGAGUGAAAUGUAUAUAGAAAGAGGGAGUAUAAUGUAUUGCAAUAAUAAAGCAGAAUGUUUACCAAAGACAUUUAUAUUGAAUCAAUUGCAAGACUUCAGCACAGGUGGUCAGAGGCUUGUUGAAGCCAUAUUCUUGAAUAGAAAUGUUUUAGGAACUAAGCAGCUUAGUAAUCACUGGAGAAGGAAAAAGUUUCCAAAGCGCUACUGGCAAAUGAGAAAUAUUUUCCUUCGAUUGUUGAGGAAUCAUAAACGCUGUCCAUAUCUGCAAAUAUUGAUCAGAAAUUGUUAUGUAAACAUUCAGAAAGGAAGAAAGGUCAAUGGUGCUUCAAGUGUUGAACUAACUAAUGCACCAAUUUCUGUUACAAAGAUGGCUUUUAGGGCUUUCAGCAGCUGUGUUGCAGGGUUGGAACUUCGUACCCCUGAUGGGGCCUGUGGCCACCCAAUUGAAAAACAGCAACCGAUAUUAAACAACAGCUUAAGGGAUAAUUUAUCAGUGAGCACUGACCUUCAUGGCCACGAUUUGACAAUAGGAACACGUUUAGAAGAGCAUGCGCAUUCUGGGAGAGCGUUGGAAUGCCCUGGUGCCUGUCCUGAGCAGAGUCGUCUUCCUGAAGGUCCAGCAGGUGAAGAGAAAGCAAAUGAAGAGACCAGAACGUCUGUAGACUUCAACAGUAGUGAAGGAUCAAGUAACUCGGACAUGCUGUGUUUGCUUAAGCAGUACAGCAGUCCACUUCAGGUCUAUCGAUUUGUGAGGGAGUGUUUGCUCAGGGUUGUAUCAGAUGAGCUCUGGGGUUCAAAUCACAAUAAAUUCCGAUUCCUGAAGAACGUAAAGAAGUUCAUUUCCUUGGGGAAGUUUGAUAAAUUCUCAUGCAGUGAAAUGAUGUGGAAAAUGAGAGUGAAUGACUGUGCGUGGCUUCAACUCAACAAAGCCCAGCACUUUGUCCCAGCAUCGGAACACCAGUUACGUGAAGAUAUUCUGUCCCGGUUCCUAUUUUGGUUAAUGGAGGUUUAUGUGGUGCAUCUGCUCAAGUCUUUUUUUUACAUAACGGAGACAACAUUCAUGAAAAACACGCUUUUCUACUACAGGAAAUGUGUUUGGACAGAAGUGCAGAGGAUUGCUGUCCGAAAUCAUCUAGCGAAAGUGCAGCUACAACCAAUUUCGGAAAAGGAUGUGGAACAGAAACUUCAACAGAAGACCACAGCACCCCCUUCCAGUUUACGGUUUAUUCCGAAGAAAAAUGGCCUGCGACCAAUUGUGAAAAUGCGAAAUAUAGCAGGACUAAAAACCUCUGGGAAAAGGCAAAACUAUAACAGGACUCAGAUGAAGAUCCUUUUUGAUGUACUGAAUUAUGAGCAUCAACGGAAUCCAGCCCUAAAGAGCUCCUCUGUGUAUGGACUUGAUGACAUUUACAAAGCAUGGAGGGAGUUUGUGUUACAGAAUUUGAAAGGUGGAAAAGUGAGCAAGGGAUGCCCUUAUUAUUUUGUCAAAGCAGAUGUUACUGGUGCUUUUGAUGCCAUUCCUCAUGCCAAGUUAAUAGAAGUCAUUUCAGGCAUACUGAAUCUUGAAGUACCAGAGAACUAUUGUAUCCGAAGCUAUGCAAAAAUCUGGGUGGAUGCUGUUGGACAAGUUAGAAAGGCAUUUAAAAGACAGGUUUCCACUUUGAUGGAUCUAAUGCCAACCAUGAAGGAAUUUGUAUCGCAUCUACAGCAGCAAGGCUCAUUGCAAAAUACUAUACUGGUCAACCAGGGCUUAACGUUGAAUUCGAACUCUCAAGACGUGUUCACUUACUUCAAGCAAAUGAUCAAAAGCAACAUUAUCAACAUAGGAGGCAAGUAUUAUGUCCAGGGCUGUGGAAUACCACAAGGUUCUCUGGUCUCAGCCUUGCUUUGUAGCUUGUGUUACGGGGAUAUGGAGAAAAAGUUCUUCAGUGGAAUUCAGCAGGAUGGGUUGAUGCUGCGAUUGAUUGAUGACUUUUUGCUGGUUACGCCACAUUUGUCACUUGCCAAACAGUUUCUAAGGAUUCUGGCCACAGGCAUUCCAGAGUAUGGUUGCUUCAUAAACCCAAAUAAAACAGUUGUCAACUUUCCACUUGAUGUGGACCUUCCAGCCUGCAGUGGGGCCAGAUCAUUGCCAGAACACUGUCUCUUUGCAUGGUGCGGUCUGCUAUUUGACACACAGACACUGGAAAUCUACUGCGACUAUUCCAGUUAUGCAAAUAGUUCCAUCAGAUCAAGUCUUACUUUCAACUGUAGUUCGAAACCUGGACAAAAUAUGAAAAAAAAGCUAUUGGCUGUUCUGAAGCUGAAAUGUCACCAUAUCUUCCUGGAUCUGGAGGUCAAUACACUGAGAACAGUUGCCAUCAAUGUCUAUAAGAUAUUUCUUCUCCAGGCCUACAGAUUCCAUGCUUGUGUUUUGCGGCUCCCCUUUGGACAAAAAAUAAAAGACAACCCUUCGUUUUACCUUGAUGUCAUCUCAGACAUUGCUGCUUAUUGCUACACCAUCCUUAAAGCUAAAAACCGAGGGAUUUCUUUAGGUUACAAAGAUGCUUCAGGCCCUUUUCCUUUUGAAGCUUCCCAAUGGCUCUGCUUUGGUGCAUUCGCCAUCAAACUGUCCAAUCACAAGUCUGUUUACAAGUGCCUACUGGGACCUUUGAAAACCUACAGGGCCAAAGUGCAAAAGAUUCUACCAUGCUCCACAGUGCAGAUGCUGCAGAAUAUAACCCAGCCAUCUCUUCAUCGAGAUUUUGCUGCCAUCUUGGACUAAAGCAGAAAUGGAAAUACUUGGAACUCAAGAAUUUUGCCACACAAUUGAAUUAACAUCAUUAUUACCUUGGUGUUAAGAUUUCACCGCAUAAGAACUUUUAAUUGGAGUCCGAUAUUUUCAUCAUUACUCCUGCCAUCGACAGCAUUUAUGAUGUAUCUUCUGCCUGGUUGUUGUUGUUUUUUUCCAUGCCUUUGAUAAAUGAAAAAGUGGAAACAUAUUAUCAAGCAAGUUUAAUGUAAAAACAAUUUACUGCUAUUUUAUGCCAAGCUGAAGAGUUGUGCUCACAAACAUUAAGGCUGGACAUCACUUUCCCUCAAUAUUGAGUUGGUCCAUUUAGAUGGAUGUCAGUAUAUCUGCUUUGGACAAUAAUCGGUUAAUCAUUGUAAUGAAAAGAUAAUUGCACAUAAACUUGGGAGAUGCCCUCUGGAUGUCUGGGUGUCAGCAGAACUGAUAAACAUUUGUGUUUUGGUGUUUCAGUGAGUGAUUGGUCAACUGAUGGUAAAUAUGAUGACAGCCUGCACUUAUAAAGGCUUUCCACUCUGGGUAGAGAGAGACUUUAGUUGUACCGUUAAUGCCUGUGGGAGUAAUAUUUCCUUUCAAUAUAUCCUACUUGGUCACAAAAGCUACAGUGGAAGAGUCCCAAAUACCUAGGAAAAUAGGAAUCUCCAUUCAGAAAAGUUUAGCAGGAUUGGGAGUGAACUCAAAAUGGAUUCCUCUGUUUGACCACUGCCCAAUUUUAUGGAUGAAAUAAUCACACCUUGGAUAAUUAAUGGGAUAUUUCCUAACUUUUUAAUUGUGUCACACUUAAUUAAGUAGAUUAAUUUCUUGAGGUGUAUUACUCACAUGGAGUAUUAACUGCUGAUAUCAAAGAUUAGGAACAAUAUCAUUGAAGGAGUGAAGCUGCAAUUAGUUGUUAAUAUUUUUUUCGAUGAUUUGAUUUGAUUGUGUUCCAUGUAAGAGUAUGUCACGUAAUGCUUCAACCACAGAGUGUUUAUUUUCCAUUUUUGAACUUUUAUUAUGUAUCAUAUACUGCUAGAAAUUAAUCUAAAACUGCAAUUAAUAAUGUUUUUUUUCCCUCAAUUUUGUAUGGCUGUAAGCACUGUUUGCAUUUUUUGGAACCGAUUCUGGUAUUACAUUUUUCAGCAUGAACACAGCACAAUUUUUUUUUUUUAAUUAAAAAAAUUCAGUUUCAUCUUUGUUGCUAACAGGUUGGUGCAAGAUUUGAUUAUUUGCCACAAUCAGCUUCUUUUUCCAAAAUGGGUGAUACAUCUUUAAAUAACUUAAUGAAAUUAUUGUGCUUUCAUGUCACUGAAUUAAAAAAAAAAUGAAAUGCAAUUAUAGCAAAGGGCGUUGCUUUGCACUGAUUUGGACAUUCAUGAUUUGACUUUAAAUAGCAUCC